AUGGGCUCGUUGCCGGAGCAGCAGCAGGUCGUCUUCCGCUCGACGCUGCCGGACAUCGCCAUCCCGGACCACCUCCCGCUGCACGACUACGUCUUCGAGCGCCUGGCCGAGCGCCGCGACCGCGCCUGCCUCAUCGACGGCGCCACGGGCGAGACGCUCACGGUCGGCGACGUGCACCGCCUGUCCCGGCGCGUGGCGGCGGGGCUGUACUCCCUCGGCGUCCGCCACGGCAGCACGGUGAUGCUGCUCCUUCCCAACUGCGUCGAGUUCGCGCUGGCCUUCCUCGCCGCGUCCCGCCUCGGCGCGGCCACCACCACGGCGAACCCGCUCCACACCCCGCCCGAGAUCGCCAAGCAGGCCGCGGCGUCCCGCGCCACCCUCGUGGUGACCGAGCCGGCGUUCGUCGCCAAGGUGCGGGGCCUCGCGGGCGUCACCGUCGUCGCCACGGGCGACGGCGCCGAGGGCUGCGCCUCGUUCGCCGACCUCGCGGCCGCCGACGACUCGGCGCUGCCGGAGGCGCCCAUCGACGUGGCCAACGACGUGGUGGCGCUGCCCUACUCGUCGGGCACCACGGGGCUCCCCAAGGGCGUCAUGCUGUCGCACCGCGGGCUGGUCACCAGCGUCGCGCAGCUCGUCGACGGCGACAACCCCAACCUCCACCUCCGGGAGGACGACGUCGUCCUCUGCGUGCUCCCCAUGUUCCACGUCUACUCGCUGCACUCCAUCCUGCUCUGCGGGCUGCGCGCCGGCGCCGCCCUCGUCGUCAUGAAGCGCUUCGACACGGUCAAGAUGAUGGAGCUGGUGGAGCGCCACGGCAUCACCAUCGCGCCGCUCGUGCCGCCCAUCGUCGUCGAGAUGGCCAAGGGAGACGCGCUGGACCGCCACGACCUCUCCUCCGUGCGCAUGGUCAUCUCCGGCGCCGCGCCCAUGGGCAAGGAGCUGCAGGACAUCAUCCACGCCAAGCUCCCCAAUGCCGUGCUCGGACAGGUACAUAUACCUAACCUUUCCUUCCUCGUGCUUUGA